GAACCAGUCAAUCUCCCUAUACAGCAGCCCAGGAGCAGGAUACCUCUGCAGCAACAGCAGCAGCAACAGCAGCAGCAACAGCAGCAGCAGCAGCAAAGGCGGCAGCAGCAACACCGGCAGCAGCAACACCGGCAGCAGCAACACCGGCAGCAGCAACAGCGGCAGCAGCAACAGCGGCAGCAGCUACGACAGCAGCAGCAGGCACGCAGGUGGAGACAACUGCCGCAGUCGCUACAGAAAGAGCUGCAGCGGGAAGCCUUCCGCUAGCAGCAGCAGCAGCACCUGCAGUGGCAGCAGGGUCAGUGAGUGUGAGAAGGCCUGCAGGAGCAUUGUCAAAACCUCCAACAGUAACUGCCGAAUUGCAAACGCAGUCAGCAGGACUGGGAGCAGCAGCAGCAGCAGCAGCGACAGCUACCGGUUGCCCAUUGCCUGCAGCAUUACCCUUCGUACCUGCGGCAGCACCAGCAGCAGCGUCACCCGCCUUGGCUCCAGCAGCAGCAUCCCGCUCCGCUACGGCAGCAGCGGGCGUGGAGGGGAAGCGAGGAAGAAUAGAAGAGAUGGCAGCAGAGGACACUUGUACAGUACCAAGAGGCGCUUCCUUAGCCAUCAUAUAAGGAGCAGCAGAACCGAAAAUAGCAGCCGCAGCAGUGGCAGCAGCAGCAUCAGCAGCACCAGCGGUACAGGCAGCACCAGCAGCGGUACCGGCAGCGCCAGCAGUAGCGACAGCACCAGCAGUAGCAGCAGCACCAGCAGUAGCAGCGACGUCGGAACAAAACCUAGACGAUUACCCACCAGCAUCGUCACCAGGAGCACCUCCAGCAGCAGAAGCAACUCUCUAUGGAGCAGCACUAGCCGUGAGAAAGGGUUACUCGACUGCAGCAGGAGUACCGACAGCAGCACCUACAGUAGUAGCAGCGGCAGCAGAUAUGGGGACAAGUGCGGCGACAGCAACGUGUGGCUGCUGCUCUCGGAAGAGGCUCCACGGCAACCGCUCGCAGAAAGCAGAGGCAACGUAUGUAGUGUAAGUAAGGCAGACUUAGCGGGCAGCGCAAUCGGUUCGCUUCUGGUUUUUCAAUGA